AUGCCAUCUGAUUCUUCUCAUGCUUUGGUCCGUCAGGGCUUUUUCGGUUGGCUUGCUCCAAGUUCUCCCAAGAAGUCCUCCUCCAAUACCCCCAAGCCCCAAGUUCGCGGUCCGGCUCCAGAUGACGUAUUCCAUGAAGAGAACAAAGCCGUCUGGAAAGAAGUCAAAGACAGAAACGGCAAUGAGAGUACCCUGAUCUUUGCGAUAGUCAGCUCGGAUCAAAAGAAGCCCAUGCGUAAGCUGAUGGACGAAAAGAAAAAGGGAGGAAAGCUCCAUUCCACGGUUAUUGUCACCACACAGAGCCACCUCCAGGAUGUGAUGGACACAAUUGUCGGCACACGAUUCAAGACACUCUACCUCCUUGUCAGCUCAACCGUCGACUACUUGACAUACAACAUUGCGGGGGUUUUCAAGAGCGUCUAUGUCGCUCCUUGCGGCUCAAGAUCACAACAUGAUGCGCUAUACAUUGGAGGUUCCUCGACCUUUGCCGGUGUGAGGACCUAUGAGUGGGAUCGGCGGACUGAUUCCAAGCUGCUCAAGAAGCGGAUCACAUACGCUGAGGGUUGUGUCAUCGACAUCCAGGACAACCUUGAAGACGCUAAGAGGGUGCUGAAUGAGCCUAUCGUACAGCCCAACAUUUCGGAGGCGGAGAAGGCUGAUAUCAAGCGCCAAUUUGAUGGCUUUCGGAAGGACGUGAUAGACGGGUCACGAGGUGCAGCGGUGAGUUCAGACACUGAGAGUAAUUCAGCUCCUGGUGCUUAUGAGACAGAGACGUGGUUUCAGAGGUGGAAAGGCCUUCUAGCAACCAUCGUCGGCGCCGGUGCUGGCGCAUUCAAGGUAUUUGGGUCAUUCUGGGUCAGUGCAGGAGGUGUGUGCAUCAAGGGGCCGUUCGGCAUGUCCAUGGCAGCCGGCUACUUCACGGCUGCUGGCGUGGGAGGUGCUUGUGCCGCAGGAGGUGUGGUAGGACUUGCCGCUUACGGUGCUGUCUAUUUUGUUCCUUGGGAUAGGUUUUGGACUUCCUUGAAGAACCGUUUGUGGGAAUUAUGGGAGUAUAUCCGAGACACACUUCUUUGGAUUUGGAACAAACUGAAGGGCUUGGCUGGUUUUUGA